ACUGAACGGCAUUGAUAAGAAGCUGCGGCGGAGACCGCAUUAUACAGAGAGAGAGAGAGCUGUCGGAGUGCGACCGACAGAGAGAGAGCGAGGCGGAGGACGCGGCGGUGGCGGCCGAGGAGGAGGAGGAGGAGAGUGGGAGUGGAGAUGGGACUGCUGAGCAACAGAGUGGAGCGGAGCGAGAUCAAGCCUGGCGAUCACAUCUACACUUACAGAGCCGUCUUCACCUACUCCCAUCACGGGAUCUAUGUUGGGGGAAGCAAGGUGGUCCAUUUCCGGCCUGAGCGGGACGUGAAUUCUUCGAUAGUGGAGGCUUCUUCCGAUGCGACGUUGUCCGUCCUGUCAUCCUGCUCGGUCUUCCCCGACUGCGGAUUCAGGCAUCCCAGCAGCGGGGUGACUCUCACCUGCCUCGAUUGCUUCCUCGGAAAGGGAUCCCUCUACUGCUUCGAGUACGGGGUCCAGCCCUCGGUUUUCCUAGCUAAAGUUAGAGGCGGCACCUGCACCACCGCUGCUUCUGAUCCGCCCGAAGUCGUGAUCCACCGGGCAAUGCACCUCCUUCAGAACGGGUUCGGCAACUACGAUGUGUUCCAGAACAACUGCGAGGACUUUGCCCUCUACUGCAAGACUGGCCUCUUGAUUAUGGACAGGCUCGGGGUCGGGAGGAGCGGGCAGGCUUCUUCUGCGAUAGGAGCUCCAUUGGCUGCUAUCCUUUCAUCUCCUCUGAAGCUGCUGAUGCCUAGUCCCAUUGGCAUGGCAACAGUAACGGCAGGGAUGUACUGCAUGAGCAGGUACGCCACUGAUAUAGGGAUCCGAUCUGAUGUGAUCAAAGUGGCGGUGGAGGACUUGGCAGUUAACUUGGGUUGGGCAGGCGGUCCUGUGGAGGAAGUGGCUGAGGAUACUUCUUCAGCUAGAUGAUAACUGGACUCGGUGAUCUCUGACAAUGAGUUAAAUUUACAUUUCAUCCAUCGAUAUGCAUAUAUGGCACCAUGUGGACAAUAAUAAUAGUAGAAGUAAUGUUAAUAAUAGGUACCGUAUUUGGUCGUUCCUGUUCAGUGAUUGUUCAUGAGUGAAAUGUCAAACAGGGGCAUAGUGAGAUUGCAAGUUGCCCCUGCCUCAUCUUUCGUGUUGCCACAAAAAAUUGUAUAGUGACAGAAGGAUUGUACUGGGCAACCUAUCUUGCUGUUGGUUUUGUUUAGUGAUGCUGAGUGUCUUAUAAAUUAUAUCACGUUGUUUCUUCC